CUCCAAAACAUUCCAUCGAAGAAAAAGAAAAAAAAAUGGCGACACAAAAUGCGAUUCUGAAAAAUGCUCUCAUCAUUCUCCUCUUCACUCUAACCAUCAUGACAGAAACCGCGUUUUCACAAAACUGCGGUAGAACCGGAUGCAAAGGCAAUAUGUGUUGCAGCAGGUGGGGAUAUUGUGGUACCACAAAAGCCUACUGUGGCACUGGGUGCCAGAGUGGACCUUGUAACGCUAAACCUAAACCUACUCCCAGCGGUACCGGCGGUCUAAACGCUGGUCCUCGUGGUACCAUAGCCAGCGUUGUCACACCAGCGUUCUUCAACAGCAUCAUGAGUAAAGUUGGAAGUGGUUGCCCGGCCAAAGGGUUCUACACUCGCCAGGCUUUCAUUGCGGCUGCUCAAUCCUUCCCAGCCUACAAAGGAACCGUUGCUAAGCGUGAGAUUGCCGCCAUGUUGGCUCAGUUCUCUCACGAAUCUGGAAGUUUUUGCUACAAAGAAGAAAUAGCCAGAGGAAGGUACUGCCAAUCAAGCACAACAUAUCCUUGUCAACCGGGCAAGAACUACUAUGGUCGCGGUCCGAUCCAAAUCACAUGGAACUACAACUAUGGUGCAGCUGGGAAGUACCUCGGACUUCCUCUCUUGAAGGACCCAGAUAUGGUGGCUCGUAGCCCAACUGUAGCUUUCAAGUGUGCCAUGUGGUUUUGGAACAAGAAUGUGCGUCCAGUUAUUGGCCAAGGAUUUGGUGCAACCACAAGGAGGAUCAACGGUGGUGAAUGUAACGGUGGGCGUCCAGCCGCGGUGCAGAGCAGGGUUAACCAUUACUUGGACUUCUGCAAGAAACUUGGGGUCACUCCUGGAACAAAUCUCAAAUGUUGAAGACACUACUUGUUUAUGUGGGUUUUAAAAAAAAAUUGUCGUGUGGAUUAAGAAUGUUGUGUGGAAUAAUAAAGGGAAGUCGAAAAUACUAGAAUAGAUAGAAAUAAUAAGAGAUUAGAAGUCAUACUGUGUGGUUGAUGUCUAUUAAUGUAACUGAUAUUGUGUGUUGUUUGUAUCCCUUGUCAUAUCAGUGAAUAAAAAUUGGAACUCUCAUCAUUCUCCUC